AUGAAGUUAUGGGAUGUAAACUGGAACCAGAGUGAAGACCCUAUUACGACGCUUAGCAAUGUGGCCCCCAAACUUCCAGAAAUGGGGAACACCUUUCCCCCCCUGGUCCCAAGUCCUGCAGUGUCUUUACUGCAGCAUUUGGACACGUCCCGCCUGCAGGUGUUGGACAAGCUGAAUGUGGAUAGGAAGGCUGGAUCUGCAGCAGCGCUCUUGGACUAUGAGGUCUCUUUACUUGGCUUUUAUGUGCUGGUACUCAGGGUAUCGGAUUUCAGGCUUCUUUAUUUGGGGGGGAGUAUUAACUUUGGGAAAUCUGGGAUCAGGUCUUUACAGUCUUCAGACCCAAGGGAAAGAGAUGCUGGAAUUGACUCUGGAAUGAUUGAGAAAGAUUUUAUGGAAAUGAUGCAGUUUAAACUGGGUCUUCAAGACGAGCAGAGUUUUAAUCAAGUGGAGAAAGGAGGGCGUGAUGGGCAGAAGCAACACUGCACAAAUGCACAGAGUCGGGAGAGUGCAGAUCUUGGUCCCCUUCUUGAACCAAUCACUGAGGCCGUGGGAAUGGAAUACGUCGACGACUUGGGCGUCUGUCAUGAACAGCUGAAGAAAUGCAAUGGGUCCCAGCAGAACCACAUGGACUUGAAGCAUGGAAAAGAGCAUGCUUGUCCAGGAUGCAGUCAUCAUAAGAAAGAAGCCAUGAUAUCAAGCCUCCUGCUGCCGUCGCUCCUGAGUUUCCUGGUGAUGUGGUACCUCAGUCUUCCCUACUACAAUGUGCUAGAACGCGUGAACUGUAUGUACUUCUAUGACUAUGAGCCCAUUUACAGACAAGUCUUCCGCUUCACACUUCGAGAGCAUUGGAGCUGCUCUCAUCAAAAUGCAUGUCUUGUCAUCCCGGUGACCUCACACCCCUCAGAUGUGAAAGCCAGACGGGCCAUUAGAGUUACUCGGGGCGAAAAGAAGUCUUGGUGGAGAUAUGAGGUUCUUACAUUUUUCUUAUUAGGCCGGUAGGCUGAAAGGGAAGACAAAGUAUUAGCAUUAUCCUUAGAGGAUGAACACCUCCUUUAUGGCAACAUAAUACAAGAUUUUUUAGACACAUACAAUAAUGUGACCUUGAAAACAAUUAUGGCAUUUAGGUGGGUAACUGAGUUUUGCCCCAACGCGUGGUACAUCACGAAGACAGACACUGGUGUUUUCAUCAAUACUGGCAACUUAGUGAAGUAUCUUUUAAAUUUAAACCACUCAGGGGAGUUUUUCACAAGUUGUCCUCUAAUUGAUGAUUAUUCCUAUAGAGGAUUUUACCAAAACCCCCAUUUUUCAUACCAGGGGUAUCCCUUCAAGGUGUUUCCUCCCUACUGCGGUGGGUUGGGUUAUAUAAUAUCCAGAAAUUUGGUGCCAAGAAUCUAUGAAAUGAUGAGUCACGUAAAACCCAUCAAGUUUGAAGAUGUUUAUGUUGGGAUCUGUUUGAAUUUAUUAAAAGUGGACAUUCAUAUUCCAGAAGACACCAACCUUUUCUUUUUAUAUAGGAUCCAUCUGAAUGUCUGUCAACUCAGAUGCAUGAUUGCAGCCCAUGGCUUUUCUUCCAAGGAAAUUAUCACAUUUUGGCAGGCUAUGCUAAGGAACACCACCUGCCAUUUUUUCCCCUUAUAUCAUUACUUCACUAAUGAGUUUAUUAUGAAUAGCUCCAUUAAUGUGUAG